AUGAUGGAAAACAUUGAAAGUUGGGCUCGUACCGCCUAUGGAUAUCGUGGAAUUCGACUUGAUUAUAUUUUCCGUGAAAAUUCUGAACUUCCAGCUGCUGGUGACCCUGGAUUCCUCCAAGCCGACGACGGCUCUUGCGCCAUCGAAGAAGAACUUGUCCGACGUGCUGCCCACACUGGUGCUGCUGUGUUCCGUCGCAAUAACCAGAAAUUUUGGAUUAUGCUCCAUGCCGUCACACAUGAAACUGAUGCCUACAAUCAUGUUCGUCAAUUUGCUCCAAGUUUGAAUGGUCGUGCUGCUUACUUCGCUCUGUUUGCACAAUAUCGUGGAAGGGGACACUUCACCAAUGAACGCCAAGCUGCUGUCCGUGUCCUCGCAACACUUCACUGGAACGGCAAAGCUCGAGGCUUCACUUGGAAUACUUUUAUCAGUCGCCUUAUUGGAGCCUUCAACGACCUCGAGUUGAACGGUGAUCCACGCUCUGAUGCAAAUAAGGUUGACGUACUUCUCGAGAAAACUGUUGGAGACUCUUCACUUUCCAAUGGAAGAUCACACAUUACAGGAGAUGCCGUUCUCCGAUCCAAUUUCCAAGGUGCCAUCGAUUAUUUAACAACACAAGUCUUAGCUGCAGGUAACGACAACACCCAGCGCCGCAAUCAACAACUUGCUGCUUUCACCCGUGGUGGUGGCGGACGCGGUGGUGAUGGGAGAAAUGGAGGUCAUUGCCAAGGAAAUGGUGCCACAAACCGCCUGCAAUCAAAUCGCCGCAAUGGUGGUGGUGGUCGUGGCGGAAGAGGCCGCGAAGGCCGUGGUGGUCGUGGUCAUGGUCGUGGUAUCAGCGCUGUCCAUGAUGGACGAGCUGAUCAAGAAGAAACAAAAGAAGAUAGCGAUGAUGGGCGUGGGGCCGGUGCAGGAAUGAGUCGUCGCCGUUGCAACAAUCGUGACGAUGAUUGA